UUGUUCUUACUCUGUGACAGCAGAGCAACAAAUCCAAUAUUAAAUUCAGCUGAGUUCUUCAUCUUUGCCUUGUCUCUCACUUCCCAAGAAAAACAAAGAUAUUGCACACUAGUCUUCUAAUCUGUAUGUAGAUGCGUGCAUACACAUACAUAUUUGGCUAGGUAUAUAUUUUCUUACAUACAACUCUAAGGGAAUUUAGCCAAACCAUUGAUUCUUGGAUGAUGCUGGCUUAGGUCUCUUUUGUUUCUUGAUUUGGGUGCUCGACUAUUGUGCAUGCAGCAGUGUGAUGGCAUUCACUAGUACUGAUAAAAACAGACUGGCAGAUACAGUGUUCUAUUCAAUUUAGGUUUGGCUGGAUGGAGCGAGAUUUUCUGGACCUUGCGACCCCUGGAAAAACAGAUCAUAAUGAUAUUCAUGGUUCUUCAGUUGCUAGUCAUCGUGAUAAUAUGAAGCAUGAGCCAAAAGAUUCGAGAGAUUCUGCACGCCCUGGUGUCAUUGGGACUUCUAAUCCGAAUCCUAUAGAUGUUGCUUCUUCAGCUGAAAGAGAAGAACACAGCUCAGAUGACGAGGAUAACCGCAUCGAAGAUGCUCAAAAACAGUUGGUGCUUUACGAUCCCGCUGCAGUUGGUGCUGGUGAAAUUGAACUCGUCCCUGAUCCUGUUGAUUCUCAACCUCGACGAAAUUCCUUUCCGAAUUAUGCAUCUAGGAUUUUGCCAUCUGUAGGGGCAUUUACCGUGCAGUGCGCUAAUUGCUUUAAAUGGAGGCUUAUACCUACGAAAGAGAAGUAUGAAGAGAUAAGAGAACACAUUUUGGAACAGCCUUUCUAUUGCGAAACAGCUCGUGAGUGGCGUGCUGAAGUAUCAUGUGAUGAUCCACCUGAUCUUACUCAAGAUGGAAGUAGGCUCUGGGCUAUAGAUAAGCCUAAUAUUGCUCAGCCUCCUCCUGGGUGGGAACGCCUUUUAAGAAUCCGAGGUGAAGGAGGCACCAGGUUUGCCGAUGUGUAUUAUGUUGCGCCAUCUGGCAAGCGACUUCGUUCGACUGUUGAAGUUCAAAAGUACUUGCAGGAACACCCAGAGUAUGUAGCACAAGGUGUAAGUAUGUCCCAAUUUUCGUUUCAGAUCCCAAGACCUCUGCAGGAAAACUAUGUUAAGAAGCGGCCUUAUCGUCCAGCACUUGCAAAUGAUGAAAAUGAUCCUGUUAAUCGCAUAGCAUGGAUUGAUCAAGAUGGCGAUACAGAUUUAAGGCUUGGUAUGCCAGAGCUGCCUGCACCUUGUGACAGGGCCCCGCUUUUUGAACCUGUGAGCAAAUCGUUCAGAAAAAGCGGACUCCCUCUAAGCGAAUGAGCAAUGCUGAUGCAGGGUGGAAGUCAAGUUAGGAGAGUCUCUACUUUUAUUUGUAUAUGAUCCAGCAAAAUCUCUCUGAUUACCUUUUAUGUAAGCUGACAUUUAGCAAACUGCGCAUGGACUUGUACCUAUGGAAAUGUUUAGGAAAUAUGGCUUUGACCAAAGCUUUGUUUUUGAUGAACUUACCUUAAGUUGAUAUCUUUUGUUGUUUCCGACAGAGUGUAUAUGAACGGGAUUAGGUAAUGUAAGAGGCUUCUGUUCUUAGGUUUAGUCGAAAUGUUUUCUUCUGUUGAUUGACACCCCUUCAGUGGAAAAUUAUACUAUCUAAAAAGGUAAAAGACGAACUAGUAUUGUUGAAAUAUAA